UCUGCUUCCUUCAACGUUACACUUUCGUUAGGAGUCUGUUUGACUUUAUAAGAUUACUCUUGGCAUAAAAAAAGAAAAAGAUAGGGAAAAAAAAAGCAAAGUUAAAUUUAAAAAAAUGCUAAAAUUAAGAAUAUAUAGUUUUAUUUUUGUUUGUAUAUUUAUUGUACUUAGUCCAGUGGAUUUAAACGACAGCAAUCAAGCAACAGAUAAGGAUACUUUAUGUAGUGCAUGCAUCUGGAGACAGAACAGCACGUCUUUGAGAUUAGAAGCUAUAAAAGUCCAGAUUCUUAGCAAAUUGCGACUGGAGCAGCCACCUAGCAUUAGCAAGGAUGCUAUAACACUAAUUCUCCCAAAAGCUCCACCACUACAAGAUAUAAUUGAUCGAUAUGAUGUCCAAGGAGAUGAAGGCAGUGAAGAGGCCCUUGAAGAUGAUGAUUACCAUGCUAUCACGGAAACUGUCAUAAUAAUACCUACAGAACCUGAUUUUCCCAGUGAAGUGACGGAAAAACCAAAAUGUUGCUUUUUCAAAUUCAGCUCAAAAAUUCAUCUGAAUAAAAUAAUGAAGGCUCAACUCUGGGUACAUCUAAGACCAGUCCAAAAACCUACGACAGUUGUUGUACAGAUCUUGAGACUGAUUAAGCCUUUGAAAGAUGGUACAAGGUACACGGGAAUCCGAGCUCUAAAACUUGAGAUGUAUCCAGGUUCUGGAACUUGGCAAAGCAUUGAUGUGAAAACUGUGCUGCAAAACUGGCUGAGACAACCCGAAUCUAAUCUAGGCAUUGAAAUCAAAGCUACUGAUGGAAACGGACAGGAUCUUGCAGUAACUAAUAAUGAAGAUGGACUGAUUCCAUUCAUGGAGGUCAAGAUUAUAGACACACCUAAAAGGUUAAGAAGAGACUCCUGCCUCAAUUGUGAUGAGUUUUCCACCGAAACAAUAUGUUGUCGCUACCCAUUAACAGUAGAUUUUGAAGCUUUUGGUUGGGACUGGGUUAUAGCACCAAAGAAAUACAAAGCUAACCAUUGCUUAGGAGAAUGCCCAUAUGGACGUCUGCAAAAAUAUGCUCACACUCAUAUUGUUCAACAAGCCAACCCUAAAGGUACACCAGGCCCAUGUUGUUCUCCAACUAAAUUAUCUCCUCUUAAUAUGUUGUAUUUUAAUGAUGAAUCAGAAAUCAUACAAGGUAAAAUUCCUGGCAUGGUGGUAGAUCGCUGUGGAUGCAUUUGAUCAUUCCGUUUACCCAUCCUCUAAUACAUUUUGCUACCACAACACAUGCAACUACUUCAAAAUUCAGAUUCUUUACCAUAAGCUAACAAAUGGUCAAGACUAUUUAAUCGAGUCUUAGCAUAAAACCUUACAACUUAGAAACCAGAUUGUAUAUAAAUAAGCACUAUUCCGUUGCAGAUGUUAAAAAGUCUAUUACCAGGAUGUUUAUUUGGUCUCUCCCGGCUUAGAGCAUCACCCUUUAGAUAAGUCAAUUGACUUAUAAAAUAAUAAUAUCAUUAAAAUAGCUUCCACUUGAAAUGCUAAGAAAUAAAUGUAAGAUUAUAAAGCGACAUUGUUGGAGCCAAAAGCUAAUUUAUUUUGCAAUUAAUCUCUGGAAUGUAUUUAAAAUAAACUUGAAUAUGUAAAAUAGGGUGCAAAUUCAAGCUUAAUGCAAUAAUUUAUGCACAUGGUGCUUUAACAAAACAGUAAAAUUACUAUAGUGAUUGUUGUAGAAUAUCAAAAAUAUUUUUUUCUUAUGUUGGCAUACACCUUCCAGAACAACCCCUUGCUUUGUUUUACUAUACAAUUCUAGAUUUUGCACUGCAUAACAUCCACAUUCUACUCCCUUAAAAUGUAUUUGUUUUGUAGUUUUUAAUUUUGUGCUUUUUCUAUUAUGCAAUUUUUGAUGAUUAUUUAAUUGCUUUAUACAAGUCCAAGACAUACUUGAAAACAAGAAUCAUUUUACUUCGUUCUAACAGGUUAUAAACAAAUACAUCAAAUGGUAUGAACACAAUUAGAACCAUGGUACUAGAGCCGAUUAACAGAUUAAAAAAAUAAUCUACUAAUACGAACACUAGCAAGUUUAUUCACUAAAGUGAGAAUUGUCUAGGUAAAAAUCGCUGAACUGAAAACAAUGUCAAAUUGGUGAAUUUUUCCCAAUUCAACUUUGUUCUACAAUUUGAAAAUUACCAUCAAUUUACACUUCGGUAAGUAACCUGCUUGUGUAAAAAAACAAAUAGUAAAUAACUGUGAAAGAAGUUAAUCAGACAAAAAAUAACUUGACCUAGUUAUAUAUAGCUGUGAAAAAAAUAAAUAGCUGCUCAUUACUAUGAAUGUAGAGAUCAUAUAUUUUAGUUAUACUUUCCAUUCAGUCUAUUUUCUAGUGACACACCAUAAUAAACUCAGCCUAUCACUAAAAAACUUUAGAAAAUAAGUUAAAAUAUGAAAUAUAUUAAAAAUAACAUGGAUGUGACAAACAACAAAUAUGUUUGAAACAAGAGAGCCGUAUGCACUAUUUCAAAUAUAUGUAAAAUGAACUGCUGAGCUGUUGAAAAGAAAUCUUCAUGUGGACUUUAUGAUUUUUAAUCUCUUAAGGAUGGAGGCAAGUGUCCAAGUUCUGGACAAAAACAAAACCUUGAAUUUGAGCAAUAGGUUUGUUCCAUCGUAAUUUAAGGGUUUUUCUUCAGGUGCCCCCAUACAUGUUACAUAACAUCUGUUAAAGGACAGAAAGGGCUUUAAUUUGAUGUGACAUAUACAUACACAACGUCUGAUUAUAAUACAAAAAAUACAAAUAAAUGCAAAAAUAUAUUAAAAGAAAUAUGACAACACAUUCAUUUAUAUGUCCGGAUUUACAGAGUACACAAUACGACUAGAAUGUCAGUUUAUUUUUGAUAGUUAAGGGUUACAAAAUACAAGGAGUAAAAUUAUAUUUCGAUGUGAAGCAAUUUUAGAGUUUGGUAUGUUUGUCUUGUAAGCCAUAACAGAAAAUACAAAAGUAUAUAUUUAUAUAAAGUAGACAUCACAGGCUAUUUAUCUAAGGGUUUUUAACACUUACUAUGUAGCCGUUUAACUACCAAUCUCUGCUAAAUAUUGGAGUAAAAUUGUGUUAUGAUUUUUUUUAACAUUUACAAAUAGAACAAGAUUUUUUUCAAAUGUGUAUUUCGUAAACCUGAUGUCUACUACUACUGUGCAAAACCCCAUAAUGUGUACAGCUACAAUACCCUCAAUGUGUGCCUUUGCCAAUACCCUGUGAAGUUACAGUGCCAUGUAAGACACCUGACUAUUUCAGUUUUUACAAUUAGAAUUUUGAUAAAUGAAAUUGAUGGGCCUAUUCCGCAUUUUGGGGCAUUGUAACAGAAUGGCAGUUGAAAUUACCCCAUAAAUGCAUACCAUUUGUGAAAGUAGACAUCACAAGGUAUGUUAUAUCGUAUAUUUUAAACCUUACUAUACAGCUAUUGUAGCACCAAUAUCUUUCAAAGUUUAUGGCAUUUUCAAAAAUGUUUACAAGCACAUUGCAAUGUAGCAGUAUAUUUUCUAAAUUUAAAAAGUUCUGGUGCAAUAAAAAAUCCCUAAAUUGAGUUCAACUAUAUCUCCUGAAUACAGAAUGACCCUCUUGGCAUACCUUUGUCAAGUUUUGUGAGAAUACAGAGCUGGAUUUAUAACCUACCCAUUGCAAUUUUUUGUUUUUAAAUGGCAAACUAAAGAUGGGUUUAUGGUGCAUUUUGGGGAAUUUUAGUAUCUCACAUAUUUAAAAAUACUCCAUAAAUGCAUACCAUUUGCAAAAGUGGACACCAUGGUAAUUAACACAUGAUAUAUUUUGCGCUAUAUAUUUUGUGGUAUUAAUUUUUAUCUUUUUGUACAUACACAUUGUAUUUGUUUCUGCUUAUUUUUUAAUAUCAUGUGUCCACUGUAUAAAAUGAUCUUAACGAUACUUAGCAACACCUUCUGACUACAGUACCCGAUUUGUAUACAUUUUCAAAGUAACAAUCUUAAUCCCAGUCUAAAUCCCUAGACCAAACCCUCAUUCUAAACUAAUUCUAAAUCUAAUCCUAAAUCUAAUAAACCUCACCUUAAUCCAAACCCAUACCCUAAUUCUAUGCCUAACCCUAAUUAUAACCUUAACCCUAAUCUCAAUUUUAACUCUAUAAAUAGUGUUAGAAGGUUUACCUCUGUUGAGGUCAGCAGAAGAAAUCCAUUGGUGAUAUGAGCAAAUAUAUUCCCUUGCUAGCCCUAAUGCAAACCCUAAUGUGAAACAUAAUCCCAAUCCUAACAUUAAUUCUAUAGCCAUUUUUUUUAAAUAUAAACCUAAUACUAAACCUAAUGUGUAGAAAAUGGGUAUAGGAUCAGCGCUGAGUGAUCUAAAGGGAAAGAAACAAAUAAAAAGCUGCAACCUACGGGUAUGAGGUUCCCUCUAAUGUCCUCAAAGAAGAAAUGACAAAAACCACAAAAAUAGG